AUGGAUCUUUCUGUUUCUGUUUUCAACGAUUUUUCAACAAGAGAUCUUCUCCUAGAGCCGAUUUCUAGGCUUAACGAGACUUGCACGGACCUUGAUCUUGGCGAGAUCUGCACGACUAACUGUGCGGAUGCGACUUCAAACUGCUUGAGCAACUGUUUUUCCGGUGAUGCUUCCUGCGAGAACAUUUGCAUUCGAGAAGGAUUCGCUUGUAUUGAUGGCUGUCCUUGCCAUAUCGACUGCCCUGGGGGAUGUGAAGGAUGUUCAAACGACAUUUGCAAUGCCUGUUUGGAGCCGGAAAGCAACGAGGAUCACGUGACGUGUCUUGAAGAUUAUGAAAAAGUUCUAUUUGACUGUUUCCAAGAUUGCGCCGGGAAUACUCUUUGUAUCGACCAAUGUACUCUCGAGUUUUCUGAAAACAUUGAAAAUUGCCCUUGCGAGAGGGGGUGCCCAAAUGGCUGUCCUUGUCCAAACUACGAAUGCGGAGGAAAUGAUUCUUAUCAGCUGGGAGCUGUUCUAGUGAUGAGAAGACAUCGCGUUCCAGCUCUACCAUUGCUUGUGAACUUCAAAAGCUUCACAACUGAUCUUGAGGUUUCAUGGUUCAAUAAUGGUCCCGAUAAUCUCGUGUUUGAUUCAAAGAAAGGAUGUUCUAUUUUAUACAAAGGGACACACUAUCUGUUCGGAGGAUUCACAACUGAUGAAUAUGGCAAUUUCUUAGAAUACGGUCCUCAUAUUCUUGAUGGCUGUGAUAUCGUUAAUGCUGAAGGUGUGUCCUUUAUGUUCGAUUGCUACUACGGAGCAGUUGGUUAUCUACCGACUGAGGACGAAAAGGAAGCUUACAUCAUGCUUUAUCAUGUUCAUGAUUAUUGGUAUUCAAACAGAGUCGAAGGAUAUGAUGGAUCAAAAAUACUGACAACGGAAAUUCCGAGAUCAAAUAAUACACAUGGCUUCACUGGGGGACAAAUACCCACAUAUAAAGGAAAUCCGAUUCUCAUAAGUGGCGCAGGCUAUGAAAGUACUUCUUCAGUCGAGCGUUUCAGUUUAACUAAUGGUUGGACAGAAUACGAAGAUCUGGUUUUUCCAGAUGAGUAUAUUGAAGCCUACACGUCCGUCUGGGGCGAUUUUGGAGUUGUGGUUUUUCCUGGAAACUCUGGGUCUAACCAAAAAAUAUGGCGACUUUAUGAUGACAAAUGGACGAACAUUGGGAAAUUACCAACUGCUGACUUUGAAGUGACAAGAAGAUUUCCUAAAGCCGUUCUUUUCCCAAACAAUGAGGUCAUGAUGAUUGGUGGUCACCAAAACCAUAAAUUUGUAAAAUACACUUUCAACGAUGAUUUUACUUCGAUCGAAGGAGAUAUUCUCCAAGAUCUUCCUCUUCUUGUCGAGUAUGAUGGUCCUUAUGCCAUUUUUGUGGAAAACAAUUACUGUUCCGUCUAG